CUCAGUCCUAAACUUUUCCGGAUUUGCUUUAGAGGCUAGGUGGUAACUCAAAGAGAAAUGUCAAGGAUGUUUUCCGUCAGACGAAUGAAACUUGCUGCUGUUUCUUAGUAAUAUGGCUACUCUGGAAAACGAAAGCUACAGAAGAUCCAGAUUUUUUAAGAAUAUCCAAAAAGGUUACACUGGAGCAUAUCCAAAGCAAUCUUCCAUUCCUUAUAAAUAUCGGACCGUAGUUACCCCGGAGUCAGAAAGAAAAGGAUUUAACAGUCAAAGCAAAAGGUUUUAUCGUCAACCGGAUGAAAACCCAGGUCCAGGUUUCUACAAUGUCAUUCAUCAAUCUCCAGAGUUCAACAGUGUCUCACUAUCAAAGAAAGGAACAGGAUGUUUUCCUUCUGUGGAGACCCGAAUGCCCAAGAAGAUUUCUCGUUCCCCUGCAGCCAAUGCCUACAAUCUUCCAUCCAAUUUUACUUCUAAGAAAGACUUUAGCAAUUCAUAUUCUCACAUGUUCCAGCUGCCCUUCUGUCAGAACGUCAGCAAAUGGCACACCCCAGCACCUAAUCAUUAUAAUAUCACAGAAUAUUCCUGCAAGGAACGGAGCAAUUUGUGUAUUCCUCCUCAGCCUGCGUUUUUGUCAAACACCCCAAGGGAGUUUACACCUGCUAGACAAAUACUGGCGCCUUCCCCAGGACAUUAUGAAAUCAAUGAGAGUCUGGUGAAAGAGACCCCUAAGCUUCUGAGGUGCGGUUUCAAAUCAAAAACUCUUCGAGAUAAGAAGAUAGAUUCUUCUGGCCCUGGGCCUGGCUCCUACAAUCCUGAGUCGCCUGUCAAAGCCUCCCCAAAGAAGACCCCUAUCCGGAAAAAAUGCACCCUGACCUUCUCUGCAUUCCCACUGCCUCCUCUUCCAAAGCCUCCUGUUCCAGGUCCUGGUCAAUAUGAUAUUGUGAACUACAGAGGCCCCUGCAAGCAUUACAUAUCCAGUGCAACAUUUGUGUCUAGCACGGAGCGGUGGACAUAUAAUACAAACCAGGGUGCUUUUCCAGGCCCAACUACCUACAAGCCUGAAUUCCCUGGAAAACAAUCUUUUAUCUACAACAGUGACAAGAAAUGGAUCCCUGCUUUAUAAUGGAAUUCCAGCUUCUGUCUUCCAAUUAUUUCUGCUGAAAAUGAUCAGCAAAACUCAUUAAAAAUCACACUUUCUUUUGUUCAUGGGCAUCCACUGAGCUGUUAGGCUCAAGGACUUGUACAUAUGUUGACAGAGGUUAUGGUAAUCUAGAUAACCCAGAAUGAGAUUCGAGAUGAGGAAGCUUUCAUCCAAAACGGAGGUGUCUGGGAGUGAUGCAAGGAGCUUCUCUGGGGCUGUUCUUUCCCCCUGGUGAUCCCCUACAUCCCUUGUUAUCUUUCUUAGCCAUCCAGGUUUUCUUCCAUAAUGGCUGGGAAAGAUCUGAGAAGUACCUCGUUCUCAGAUACCACAAGGGAUGGAUAGCAACGGGGAUGGGAGGGGAAGAAAGGAAGUCUGUAAUGGAUACCAUUUAAGUGCUUAGCAAAGUACCUAAUUAAACAAAAUUUUUAAUUCUCUCGAA